AGCUGGUGGGGAGCUCGCGUGCUUUCUGACGAAUAACUCAACUUUUCAGCAUUAGUCACAUGUGUUUUUUUAAACUUCUGCAAACACGCGAACACCGCCCUGAACACAUGAAAGAGUUUGUGUACUUUUACUGCCGUUCUCAUGAAUAUUUCGGGCCAUCUGUUGUGCCACGCUUCCUUGUUUAUGUUUUUUUCAAAGCCGCAAGAUUUGUUUCCACACGGUUUGCUCCGCCCUCGCUGAGCCUGUUUGGCCACCGCGCUGACUUAUGGGAAAUAUAGUUUCAAGAGUUCGGUGAACGCAUUGCACCACUACUCCAGCUAGACCACAUUAAAACUACAUCUCCCAUCUACUGUCGGCUUUGCAAUGUUGUUAACGGAUAACCUGGGCCGGGGCAUACUGCAAUAACUCUGCAAAACAGCUUCCUCAUCGUUGGGAACUAAACACAGAUCCCUGAGUAUUGACGACAACUGACAGAAAUGUCAGAGACGUCGAGUGAUGCAGAGUCGUCCUGUGGAUGGACUAUUAUUAGUAAUGAGGGUUCAGAUAUUGAGACGUUGGGAUUGGAGGCUGCGGUGGAAUAUGGAGUCGACCUCUUAGAGCGCCCCCCGGUGGUGGAAGCAGAACUGCAGGACGCACCAGCUGCUGCAUCUGCUACUGGGGGUGUUGAAGAGAGGGUUGGCGAUGCACUUGAUGACACUCUGGGAGAACAAACCAUAGAUGAGACACUGUACGCCUCAAAGGCGGGAGACAAGGCUGCAGAGAAAGAGCAUGUGACUCUGUUGUCCUCCAGUGAUCACUCCGACAUCGUGACUCUAGGAGACUUGAAGGAGGACGAGCACGCAGAGGCGGAGGAGGUGGUGGCAGCGGCCCACGAGGAAUUCUACCUCGGCACUUCCUGUAGCAGCCAGUACGCCUUCACUGCUGCAGAGACUGGUUUGAUGUUGAGUCACUGGAAACUUCCACAGAGUCUCAUGAAGUUAGGCUACCAUCUGAGAAGUCAGCUCACUGGAGGCCGCUCUUUUCCAGUAUUUCCAGGACAGAAGCCUGCAGCCACAAACUCGAGCAGCAGUGAGGACGAGGCGGGACGAAGUUCCAGCACUGUUGUACGAAGACGAAGGCUGAGGAGGAAUACGGCGAGUGUCGUGACAGAGCCUGAGGAGGAGGAGGAGGAGGCACCGGAGUCUGGUCCAAGUGAGGAUGAGGAAGACGAGGUCAAAGAAGAGAAGGAGCAGGAGGAGCAGGGUGAGGUCAUACCAGCUGCUCCGGACGUCCGAGUGCGAGGCCAUGGCAGCAGCAUCCUCAACAAAUGUAUCCUGCUUGCCCUCAUCAUCGCCAUCAGCAUGGGCUUCGGUCACUUCUAUGGUUACAUUUUCUCACUUACAGGCACCGUCCAAAUUCAAGAGAGGCAGAAAACUGUGGAGAAAGUCAAAGUGAACGAGCUCGAUGGUGUGAGGCAUCUGCUUCAAAAGCACGUCCAGAGGAGAGACCUGGGCCUUGACGACCUGGAUGAGCAAAACGUUAUUUCACUGCUCACAGACGUAAUCGAGAAGAUCAAGAAAGAGAACGAGGAGCUCAACAUCAAACAGUCGCACAUUCAGGCCAAGAGAGACGACCUGGAAAUGUUAUUGAAACGGAAAGCUGAGGAGAGGACUAAAAUUGUGUCUCAGCAGCAGAGGCUGACAGCGGAGAACCAGCAGUUAAAGAGCUCCCUGGAACGAGAGGAGAAAUCUCUGUCCACCCUGCAGGAGGAGCUGACAAACCUGCGCUCUCAGAUAAGAGAUCUGGAGACUGUGGGAUCUUGUGGGGACACGUGGGUUUUCUCGCUGUCAGAAAACCAAAGGCUGCGAGACGAGCUGGAGCACAAGAAGCAGCAGAUACGAAGCUUUCACGGCCAGCGGGAAGACAUGAUGGCCGAAGCGCAGACACUGAGGAAGAAUCUUGACAUGGAGAGGAAGGUCACAGACGAGCUGAGGAGGGACUUGAACAGGCUGAGAAGUCGCAUCACUGGAGCUGCAAGGGGAGCCGGUUCAGAGGCAGAAGAGUUACAGUCACGUCUGAUGGAGCUGGAGAAGAGGCUCAGCUUUGAGCAGCAGCGCUCUGACCUUUGGGAGAGGCUGUAUGUGGAAACCAAAGAAGAAAGAGCCAAAGGAGACACAGAGUCCAAAGUGAAAAAACCGAAAGAGGGCAUGUCGGGGAAAGUGAAGGACACAUUUGACGCUGUGAAGAACUCCACCAAGGAGUUUGUCCAUCACCACAAAGAACAAAUUAAAAAAGCAAAAGAAGCUGUGAAGGAGAACCUUAGGAAGUUCUCAGAUUCUGUCAAAUCAACUUUCCGCCACUUCAAGGACUCGGCCUCGACCUUCAUCAACAAGGCCAGAGGGUUUUAUAAUAAGAAAUGUGAUGAGAAGAAUACAAAAGAGUCCUGGCAGCACAGGUACCACAAGCCUCAUCACAGACACUCGCACAAAUCUGACGACUCCUUCUACAGCAGCCACAACACUCGGAAAUCAGGGGAUAAAGUUAAUAAAGAUCGAGGCCAAAACGCCCACAAACCCAACCUGAAAGGAUGCUCUGGGGUUUUUGACUGCGCCUACCAGGAGUCCAUGAGUCUCUUCAACAAAGCCAUGGAGCCGAUAAGAGCGGACGAGUUUCACCAGCUGCUCCAGAGCUACCUGCAGCAGGAGGUCGACCACUUCCACCACUGGAAAGAGCUGGAGAUGUUCAUCAACAACUUCUUCCACAACGGUGUGUUCAUCCACGACCAGAUGCUGUUUACAGACUUCGUCAACGGUGUGGAAGACUAUCUGACGGACAUGCACGAGUAUCACGGCCUUGAUGACAACCUGUUUGGAGAUCUUGACGACUACGUCUACCGGCAUUUCUUUGGAGACGCUUACACAAAAAUCUAUGGCCCGAGUGGGCCGUUUGAAAGACCUGACUCAGACUCAAAGGAGGAGUUGAGGACAAAGCAUCAACAACGUAAGCAGCAGAGAGCCAGAGCUCGACCGCACAGUGAACGCAAGUGGAGCAGAUCAGGAAGAAACGCAGACAGACACAUGGCUGAUGUCAAAAUAGAACUGGGUCCCAUGCCGUUUGAUCCUAAAUACUGAAAAUGUCUCUGCUGGUUUAAUGUUAUAGUUGCAAAUUCUAUUUUGGGUUGUAUUUAGGUUCAACGUGUCCUUGUUUUGUAAGUUUGCACAAUUUUAACUUUUUAAUGCUACUGAACGUCCUUGAGCUGUUUUGUGUUAAGUAAUCGUUAUCAGCUUAUCUCAUCUGCACAUUUGUAUGAGUCACAUUUCACACAUGUGAAAAUUGAACUUAGUUUUUAGCUUAUUAAUUAGUCAUCAAUUAAUAUUUCCUGCUGAAACUUGAUUAUCUUCAACAGCAGCACUUUUUAAAAAACAUACGCAUUAAAAAUGAGCAGAAAAUGUUAAUUGAUAUCCCAGCUGUUGUGAAAUGUUGCAAAAAAAACAAAAACAAAGCCAUGUCACAUUUUAUAUGUUUCUGUGUACAACUAUAUAGUUGUUUGAAUUUGCUGCUACAAGGAUAGGUUUGAGUGAUGUUUGUAAUUAGCUUUCAGAGUUAAAAUGCUGUUUAACAUUCCAGCUUCAGCUUGUUUUAACUGGACCGGGCAAAUUUACUUUACAGGUGUUGAAGAAAACAUGGCUGGAAAAACAAUUUCACACCAAAUUCAGUUGUGAUUGACAGAAAUGUUGGUGUUUUACAUUUGACACAUCUUUAAAAAUCACAAAAUUUGAGUUUGAAGUAUUUAUUUCAGUAGCAAUUCCACAUCAUAGAACAUUCUCACUAGGGAAACAUCUGCCGUUUGUUCCAGUGUUUGUCAGUGCCUUUCAUAAAUAAAGAUGCUUCCUCCAA